UCACUGAAACCAUCCUCGUAAAAAUCUAUGGUGAAAAUUAGGAAAAAGACAUAAAAAAACUUCAGUGUUCAGUGUGUCUAAAAGACUUUCCUCAGAAAUGUCUAUUAUUGAGUCACAUGAGAAUUCAUACUAAAGAGAAACCAUAUGAGUGUUCAGAGUGUCUGAAAAUGUUUUCAGCUAAUUCUAGUUUAAUACAUCAUAUGAGAAUUCAUACUGGAGAGAAGCCCUAUCAGUGUUCUCAGUGUCUAAAAAAGUUUUCAGCUAAAUCUAGUUUUGUAUAUCACAUGAGAAUUCAUACUGAAGAAAAACCAUAUCAGUGUUCUGAGUGUCAAAAAAAGUUUUCAGCUAAAUCUAGUUUAGUUUAUCAUAUGAGGAUUCAUACUGGAGAGAAACCAUAUCAUUGUUCUGAGUGUCUAAAAGAGUUUUCAGCUAAAUGUGAUUUAGUAACACACAUGAGAAUUCACACUGGAGAGAAACCAUAUAAAUGUUCUGAUUGUCUAAAAGAGUUUUCAGCUAAAAUGUGAU